AUGGAAGGAGAGGUGAGGAAAUCUCUUGGAGUCAUGCGGCGGCACUUUGAUGCCACUUGGCGGCUGGAGUACCAGUUCAUCCAGUUCUGUCCAGUUAAAGCUGACCAGUACAUGAGCUUAACCAAUGAUCCAAGGUGGUUCAAGCUGGAUUUUCCUGUGCACAGAGCGCAGAAACACGGCCCAGGACAGCUGUUGGGCAUCUGGAGUGCAACGGCACAGCACAGCUCCAUCCUCUCCUGCCGAGACGCGCGCUUUGACUGCGCUUACUCCGCCUCCACGGCGGCUCGCGACACUGUUGACGUUUCCACGGCAACGCUCGUCUCCCUCUGGGACACCGGUCGCUUGGACGACGCAGUUUGCCCGCGCGAGCUUCCACAGCUGGUUCCAGCCUACGGCGCUCUGCAUGACUCCGUCUGGCCCGACCAGUUGUCCCCUCACCUCCAGCGGAACAAGCAGCUUCAGGAUACAUUGAUGCAGAAAGAAGAAGAACUCGCGAGACUCCAGGAGGAGAAUAACAAACUCAAAGAAUUUCUAAACUCAUCAUAUGUGAAGUCACUUGAAGACAAGUCAAAGAGGCUUUUCUCUGGUCAGAGGAGCGCAGACGUGCAUCACAGGAAAAGAGCUCUGCAUGAUGAGAGAGACUUCCUCAAUGUGAGUCGGCUGCUGCAGGGCGGCGAGGGAAAGCGGACGUGCCGUAACCUCUCUCUGGAGUUCUGUUCUGCCGACGAGGUAGCCGCUACGCCCCCGCUGGACUCCUGGGUUCUGGAAACACUUGGACUGCAGGAUGAGGACACCAUCAACACAGACAGCAGCUUUAACAGCCCUACAACAGAGCACACGGCUUCCUUCAGCUCUCCGGCUCCGAGCACCGAGCACUUCAGCCCUGCGCUGCAGGACAGCACCAUGUUCAGCCCUUACUCAGACAGCCAGUGUGAAUACAGCAGUGCCAUCGAGUCGUCAUGUGGCUUCAGUCACAGCAUGGACGAAAGUGCAGACUAUUUGACUCUUGGUGCAUCAAGGAUGUACACCGUCACAUCUACAGGCUCACUUCAAGGUAUGGAAUUGCCUACCGGACACUUCACCCCUCCUAAAGCAGCGUCAACUCCUCAGCGUUCGCACGUCUCGAGCUCAGAGAGGCACCGGCGCGAGCUCGGCCACGGCUUCUCCGGACCACCCGGGGACGAGAGUGCGCCGUUCUCCACACGCAGCAGAACGGACUUAGCUUUCAGCAUGUCGCUGAGUCCGCAAAACAGCGUCAAGACCCACACGUUCCCACAAGGACAAGCUUUUACACGCAGAGACUCAGAAGGAGGAUGGAAUUUUACCUGGGUGCCUAAACAGUGUUCUUAA